UGGCGGGAGGCGUGUUGUGCAGAGCGGAGGGAGGAGCGCCGGGGCUCGGGCUGUGGCGGCGAAGCGACCCUUCGCUCGCUCUGGCGGGUUAGGCGUGUUGGUCGGGGAGGCGGGCGGCCACGGCUUCCCGACAAGCUCGGGAGGCCGAGACCCUCGCGGCGCCCGGCGCUGCCCGGAUCCCCUCAGCCUCCAGCGGAGAGGCGGGGGAGUGAGGAGAUGCCGACCCAGAGGGACAGCAGCACCAUGUCUCACACGGUCGCGUGCGGCGGCGGCGGGGACCAUUCCCACCAGGUCCGGGUGAAAGCCUACUACCGCGGGGAUAUUAUGAUAACACACUUCGAGCCUUCCAUCUCCUUUGAAGGACUUUGCAGUGAGGUUCGAGAUAUGUGUUCUUUUGACAAUGAGCAGCCAUUCACCAUGAAAUGGAUAGAUGAGGAAGGAGACCCGUGCACAGUGUCUUCUCAGUUGGAGUUGGAAGAGGCUUUCAGGCUGUAUGAACUGAACAAGGAUUCUGAACUCCUGAUCCACGUGUUCCCGUGUGUACCGGAGCGUCCUGGAAUGCCUUGCCCAGGGGAAGACAAGUCCAUUUACCGCAGAGGGGCGCGCCGGUGGAGAAAGCUGUAUUGUGCAAAUGGCCACACUUUUCAAGCCAAGCGCUUCAACAGGCGUGCCCACUGUGCCAUCUGUACAGACAGGAUCUGGGGACUUGGACGACAAGGAUAUAAAUGCAUCAACUGCAAACUGCUGGUUCAUAAGAAGUGCCACAAGCUUGUCACAAUUGAGUGUGGGCGACAUUCUUUGCCACCGGAACCCAUGAUGCCAAUGGACCAGUCAUCCAUGCACCCAGACCACACACAGACAGUAAUUCCAUAUAAUCCUUCAAGUCAUGAGAGUUUGGACCAAGUUGGUGAAGAAAAGGAGGCAAUGAGCACCAGGAGAGUGGGAGCGUCAUCAAGCUUAGGUCUCCAGGAUUUCGAUUUGCUUCGAGUUAUAGGGAGAGGAAGUUACGCCAAAGUACUGCUGGUUCGAUUAAAAAAGACAGAUCGCAUUUAUGCAAUGAAGGUUGUGAAGAAAGAGCUCGUCAAUGACGAUGAGGAUAUUGAUUGGGUACAGACAGAGAAGCAUGUGUUUGAGCAGGCGUCCAAUCACCCUUUCCUUGUUGGUCUGCAUUCCUGCUUCCAGACAGAAAGCAGGCUGUUUUUUGUCAUAGAAUAUGUGAAUGGAGGGGAUCUCAUGUUUCAUAUGCAGCGGCAAAGAAAACUUCCUGAAGAACAUGCCAGGUUUUACUCAGCAGAAAUCAGUCUAGCACUAAAUUAUCUUCAUGAGCGAGGGAUAAUUUAUAGAGAUUUGAAGUUGGACAAUGUACUGCUGGACUCUGAAGGACACAUCAAACUCACUGACUACGGCAUGUGUAAGGAAGGAUUACGGCCCGGAGAUACAACCAGCACCUUCUGUGGGACUCCCAAUUACAUUGCUCCUGAGAUCUUAAGAGGAGAAGACUAUGGCUUCAGCGUUGACUGGUGGGCUCUUGGAGUGCUCAUGUUUGAGAUGAUGGCGGGAAGGUCUCCAUUUGAUAUCGUUGGGAGCUCUGACAAUCCUGACCAAAACACAGAGGAUUAUCUGUUCCAAGUCAUUUUGGAGAAGCAGAUCCGCAUACCGCGCUCCCUGUCUGUGAAAGCAGCAAGUGUGCUGAAGAGUUUCCUCAACAAGGACCCAAAGGAACGAUUGGGUUGUCACCCUCAAACUGGAUUUGCUGACAUCCAAGGACACCCAUUUUUCCGUAAUGUGGAUUGGGACAUGAUGGAGCAGAAGCAAGUGGUUCCGCCCUUUAAACCAAACAUUUCUGGAGAAUUUGGUUUGGAUAACUUUGACUCCCAGUUUACCAACGAACCAGUCCAGCUCACUCCAGAUGAUGAUGACAUCGUGAGGAAGAUCGAUCAGUCUGAAUUUGAAGGUUUCGAGUAUAUCAACCCUCUCUUGAUGUCUGCAGAAGAGUGUGUCUGAUUCUGCUCACUGCCAUUUAGUGCAUGGAUCACCCGUUAGCCCGGCCACAGUUAGCAUUUUAUGUUGUCCUUACAAAUCUCUCUCAAUAUCCUGUUAGCGACUAUAGGAAUCAUAUAGCUAAGCAGAGCUAAAAAACCAGAAACUAGUUUCCUGACAGUCAUGUCAGACUCCAGUUAUGCUUGCUCUCCAGAGGCUCCUAAUGAGAAAGGACAGUGUCUUUGUGUAAAGGAAACAGCCUAGCUUGUCAAAGAACGCCUCUGCCGCGUUGUGACACUCAGUGGGAUGACAUCAUCCGUCUCCCACAGUUGUCACUUUGGGUUAAGGCAUGGAAGGCUUAAUUGUAGAGUGGAGGGCCAUGCUAAGUAUAUCUGCUAGUGUUACUGGUUUCUGAGUUCCCUCAGUUUGAAUCCUCCUAUAAAUCUUCUCAUUACUUUGGGUAAUUUAAAGAAGCAGCUAUCAAAUUGAUACACAAUUGA